UGGGAAGAAAAAAAUGAGAAAAAAUUAAAAGAUGGAAGAGAACUUAGCUGUUCGGGUCGCGGCCGUCGACAAUGAAUAAUAAUUUUCUGAUUGUACGCGAGAAAAAGUGAGAUUAAUUUCGGAAGCCAGCUGCAGAAAAGCCAUCGAUAAGCUGCAAAGGACUGUUCGGUUAAAGUUUCGGUAAGCCCGGUUCCCGGACCGCAACAGUCGGAAACGGGAUUCCCUGUGAUGGUUGGAUUGUGUUUGCUGGAAGUGCUCGAGUGAGGUGAAAAAUUUUCCCUGAUACAUUGCUGCGGGGCCACCCUUCUCCAUCAUAUUGUGUAUUGGAAAGAAUCUAAAGGGACGGGAACAAAGAUUGAUUCGUUUUAUUUUUUUUUUUCUUCGUUGGGAUAUUUUUUGUCUGGACGGGAUAGAAUCCGUCAUCCCGAUUGUCCGGCGGAAUUCGAUUACACGGGAAGCGAACUCCCGAAAUAGUAUCCGGGAGGCAUAAUAGUAGAAUAGAGUGCGCAGAAGAAGAAGUGAAAAAUUAUUGGCGUUUUAUCAGAUGUAGCCCAACAAAAUAAAAGGCUAGCAGGGGAUCCUCCAUUGAUUAUUGUUUAGUGAAUCUGUAGUAUUGUGUUGAAUACCGGGAGAAGUUGUGCGAGCUAUGACGCAAAUAGUGGCCAGGUUGAAGUGAUUUGAUGGUUACCUAGUGUGGAAGCAGCACUGCAAGAAGAAAAGCCAAGAAAUCUGUAUCCCAUCGUAGGUAUUAAGUGGCCACCCCUGUGUUUGCGGUGUGUUGUGAAGAAGUAGUUAUGGAAAAUUGGAGGAAUAUCGCUUCAUUGUUCCUGCAGCAGCACAAACCCUUCAGUACCGCCCUUAUCGUUGGCCAUCAUUGCUGUGGGAAUUCGUACAUUCAGUGGAACCACUGAACUGAGAAGCUGGUACAUCGGGAGGACGAGAUACGGACUAAUCCCGAUCUCCGUUUAUUGAUUAUCCCACACCUUCGCAUCGCCUCUUCCUCCACGAUACUUCACCAUUCACCUUUAACCACCCACCCCCCACUGAAUCGACAAGUGAUAAUAAUAAUCAUAAUCAUACAAAACCAACAAAGAGAGCGCAAGUUAUGUUUGUUGGCAGUGGCGGCGGUCAGCACGGAUCGUCGAUCACAGAUGCGACCGAUUACGACUUUGAGAAAACAGAGAACGCGGCCAAAUGGAAGGGUGUCUUUAUAACGGCCCUGCGAAAGGUCCUGGAGCAAUUGCAUCCCUCGUUGCAAGCCCGCGAGGAUGCUCUGCUCUACGUCGAAAGUCUGUGUUUGCGCCUGUUAGCGAUGCUGUGCGCCAAACCUCCCCCGCACACAGUUCAGGACGUCGAAGAACGAAUACGUAACUUCCCCACUCCUAUUGACAAAUGGGCUCUAGAUGAGGCGCGCGACACAAUAGAUAAAUCUAAAAAGAAGAAACCAGUCUUUCCAGUUGACCGGAUACACACACUGCUGCAAAAGGAGGUGUUGCAGUACAGAAUCGACAGUUCGGUGUCCUUAUUUCUGGUAGCGGUGCUAGAAUACAUUUCUGCGGAUAUACUCAAACUGGCCGGAAACUAUGUUAAGACCAUACGCCACAUUGAGAUAUCCCGGGAGGAUAUCGAGAUCGCCAUGUGUGCCGAUAAGGUGCUCAUGGACAUGUUCUACCAGGGUGAUGACUCGAGCUCGAUGGCACCGAGCCCGUUGCCACCAACGCCUCGUACCAGUCUCAGUUACGAGGAAGUCGUGAAAGAGCUAAUACAUGACGAGAAACAGUAUCAGCGAGACCUACACAUGAUCAUAAGGGUCUUUCGCGAGGAGCUGGUCAAGAUAGUGAGGGAACCCAAGGAACUUGACCCAAUUUUCUCUAAUAUCAUGGACAUUUACGAGGUGUCGGUGACGUUGCUUGGAUCUCUGGAAGACGUUAUUGAAAUGUCUCAGGAGCAAACUCCACCUUGUAUCGGUAGCUGUUUUGAAGAACUAGCUGAAGCUGCCGAAUUCGAUGUGUACGGAAAGUAUGCGAAAGAUAUCACGUCUAUCCAGGCAAAGGAAGCGCUAGCCAAUCUGUUGGCUAGGCCAGAGGCAAACUCGCUAAUGUCGGCUGGUCACGGUUUCAGGGAAGCGGUGAAAUUUUACCUACCAAAACUACUAUUAGGGCCUAUCGGGCAUGCACAGUUAUAUUUAGAUUAUAUUAAAAUUUUACUACAGCUUAGUCCUUCGCAAGAAGACAAAGAGAGCUUGGAGCAGGUGCAGGGUCUGCUGAAACCACUGCAGUGUGAAUUGCAGAGUAUUUCCUCACUGCUUCCUAAGGAAUAUUUUGCACGUGUAAAUAGUCGAGCACGACGGCAGUCCGCUAUCGAAAAAACUCGUGAUCUACAGAACAGUGUUGAGCACUGGGACAAGGAUGUUGGCCAAUGUUGUAACGAGUUCAUCAGAGAAGACACGCUGGCGAAGCUCAGCUCUGGAAGACGUCAAACCGAACGGAAGGUGUUUCUGUUCGAUGGUCUUCUGGUGCUGUGCAAAACAAGGAGACAGAUUGUUCCCGGUAACAACUAUGACUACCGAUUGAAGGAGCGCUUCUUCAUGCGCAAAGUAGAGAUAAUUGAUAGGCCUGAUACGGACGAUCUCAAAUAUGCAUUUGAAAUUUCUCCACGGGAACCUACUAGCGUUGUACUUAUUGCCAAAAAUGCUCAGCACAAAAAUGACUGGAUGGCUGAUUUAGUGAUGUUGAACACGAAAUCCAUGCUUGAACGUAUCCUAGACAGUAUUCUACUAGAUAUUGAAAAGAAGCAUCCCCUUAAACUACCAAGUCAGGACAUUUAUGCGUUUGCCGUUCCUGACUCGGCGGCCAACAUUGUUCUGGAAGAGCGGGAAGGUACCGGUGUUCCACUGAUCAAAGGAGCAACAUUAACGAAACUUAUCGAACGGUUAACGUACCACAUCUACGCCGAUCCUAUGUUCGUGCGAACUUUUCUGACCACCUUUCGAUCGUUUUGUUCGCCCCGAGAGCUGCUGCAGCUACUGGUAGAGCGUUUCGACAUUCCCGAUCCAGCACUGGUUUACGAUAGCACCAACGACAAAGACCUUGGCCCUGACACGGACAAGUUUCACAAGAACUCCCAGAGGGAAGACUGGAAACGCUACAAGAAAGAAUACGUACAACCAGUUCAGUUUCGAGUGCUCAACGUCCUGCGGCAUUGGGUUGAUCAUCACUUUUACGAUUUCGAGCGAGACAUUGAUCUACUGGAUGAUCUGCUGAGGUUUCUGGAAACCGUUCGAGGCAAGUCCAUGCGAAAAUGGGUUGACUCAGUGCUGAAAAUAGUGCAGCGAAAGAGUGAAAGUGAGGACAAUCACCGGCAGAUUACGUUCGCAUUUGGCUACAGUCCACCGGCUAUCGAGCACCAUCUUCCGCUAACCCACGAAAAUGAAUUCAACCUGCUGAUGUUACAUCCGCUGGAACUGGCCCGACAACUGACGUUGUUUGAAUUUGAAAUGUACAAGAAUGUCAAACCUUCAGAGCUGGUCGGUUCGGUGUGGACCGGCAAAAACAAAGAAACCACUAGUCCUAAUUUAUUGAAAAUUAUUCACCAUACAACCAACUUCACCCGCUGGAUCGAGAAGUCGAUCAUCGAGGCGGAGAAUUUCGACGAACGUGUGGCGAUCGCGUCGCGUGCAAUAGAGGUGAUGAUGGUGCUGCAGGAUCUGAACAACUUCAACGGGGUGCUGUCGAUCGUGUCGGCCUUCCAGGGCGCGGCCGUUCAUCGGCUUCGGCUGACGCUAGAGGAAAUCCCCAAAGGCUACCAGCGCGUGCUGACCGACUGCGGAGAGCUAAACAAUUCGCACUUCAAAAAGUAUCAGGAAAAGCUGCGUUCAAUAAAUCCACCUUGUGUGCCAUUUUUUGGAAUGUAUUUAACUAAUAUUUUACAUAUAGAGGAAGGUAAUCCAGAUUUUUUACCAAAUACGGAACUAAUAAACUUCUCUAAGAGAAGGCGCGUAGCUGAAAUCACCGGUGAAAUACAGCAAUAUCAAAAUCAACCAUACUGCUUAAAAGUUGCUCCUAGCAUUAGGCAUUUUCUAGAAAAUUUAGAUCCUUUUAAAGGAAUGAGUGUAACUGAGAUACAAAAUUACCUUUACGAGGAAAGUAAACGAAUAGAACCGAAAAAUAGCCGACAGCCGUUAAAAUUUCCUCGUAAAUGGCCCGAUAUUUCGCUGAAGUCGCCUGGCAUCAAGCCAUCCUCCCGGCGCAACAACAGCUCGGCAAGUUCCACGAUGACCCUACCGGGAAGUCUACCGUUCAGUAGGACGUCAUUGUUGAACAACAAUGAUACCGGCGGGGAGCAGUCCCCUCCGGCCAACUCGUGUUCGUCUUCCGUGCUUGAUUAUUCAAUAUUCGCUCCGGUCAAUCUUCACUCAUCGUCGUCAAGUUCGUCACAUCACAUGUUGCAUCACAAUCAGUCGCAACAGCAGUUACACUACCAGCAGCAACAACAGCAUCAUUCCCAAUUCUACCAAGGUCAUCACGGAACCGGGCAGCCAUCUUACCAUCAUCAUUAUGGACAUCCACAGCAUAGUUUCUCGCAAUCCGUAGUAAACUUGGCUUCCACUUCGGACCAACAGAUGGCCCCGGAAAUUCCAAGAAGAUCCGAUAGUAUUAUACUGACUACAUCACUAUCAUCACAGGGCGGCCAGUACAAUCUGAACAGUAGUUUAUCGGAGUCCAGCAGUAACCCCAGCGCGAGUGGAGGUGGAGGCAAACUGAUCCCAAGUCCACGAUAUCCGUCGUCUUCGAUGACUGCGCUGUCGACGUCGACCGUCAGUGCUGGUUCUUUCUUCGGAAUACUGAGCGCAUCGAGCAGUGAUGGUAACAGCAACAAUAAUCCUUCUACUGCUAGCUUUAAACAUACGCCAACGCUUAGUCAAAACAAAGUAGUGACAAACAAGCAUGUUGAAGACACUCCCAAUUCGAUUUUUUCAGCGUCCAGCUUAGGUCCCGGAGGUUCGCACAGCCUGAGUUUAAGCAGCUCUGCCACCACAAAUGCCGCUAGCAUUGUUUCGCUCAGUGAUGGGCCUGCGUUACCUCCCCCACCGCUAACCGCUCCCCAUAUGUCGGCAUCCUCGUCGAUGUCGAUAUCUUCAUCCAUGGCCAGUACGUCCUCAAAGAUCGCUGCAGCAGCCGGUAUUAUCGGAGUUCCACCUUCAGCGACUAGCUUAUCGAUGACGGCGGGGCCGAUGGCGGUGGCCUCAGCAGACAUUCCUCCCGCGAUUAGUCCGCGCACAGAUAAGCCGGCACUGCCACCAGCACCACCCCCGCUCCGUACACAGGGUGGUGGGGGUGGCAUCGCUGAGUUUUGCUACAAUCCAUCCGGGCUACCAAACUGUACAUCACCCAAUGCAACUAGUAGUAGUAGUAGUAGUAGCGUUAAGAAUAAUUCAUCCAACAUUUUUAAAAAUCAAAACUGUGAUUUCACCUUUACCGGUUCUGUCCUCAACCGCUCAUCCUGCGAGAAUUCGCCAAUUUACCCGUCGAGUCCGAAGAUGAUCUUCCCGGCAAGUGCAAGUGGUGGAGCGUCGUCAUCUGCCGGCGGCACGAUAGUGAUGGAUACCAGCAACACCAGUGCCAUCUCCCCGUCGCUCUCCGCCUCCUUCUCAUCCUCUUCAGCUUCGUACCAGACUGCAUUCAACAACUCUUCGACGACGGCCGAAUCGGCGGCACUCAAUGCGACCUCAGCCAGCAGUAGCAACGAUUUCGGCCCGAUACCAAUUUCACCGCAUGUCAAUGUACCAAAUGCACAUAAUAUUCCUCCCUCGAUGGCACCUCCUCUACCUCCUAGGGUUAAACGAAAAGAAUCCUCUGGGGAAUCGUCCCAGUCUUCGCAGGUACGACAGGCGCCGGACGCCCCGAGGCUUCCUCCGAGGGAUCUAAGUCCGCCACCUUUACCACCACGUACUCAUAUUCAGUCGCAUCACCUGUUUGGAAAUUUGCAACAACAGCAACAACUCUAUAGUUCAUCUUGUGCUGUCAGCGAAAACUGGAAUCACGUAAACUUAAUUCCGAAGGACGAAUCAGCUUCAUCAUCCUCCUCCUCCUCAACAUUAACGCGAGACAACCUGAACCAGCACAACCAGCUUAUGUUGCCCCACACAAGCACCAUAAUGAUGCGGCGAAAUUCGGCAAUGGAUCGGGCCUCUAAGGAGAAUGUUCCCAACAUUACCACAUCACCGUCGUUGUCAGGAAUCACCAGCAGUGGCAGUGCUGCUGCAGGAAAUGCUUUUAUGAUGGGUGGUUCUUCUGCAACUCCAGGUAAUCUGCCCACACCGGCUACGGCUCCACCGCACCAUUGUGGAGUCAAGAACAAAUCGGUACAAAAUUCUCCCGUCUCACAGCAGCAGCAACAACAGCCGGUCGUUGGUGGUCGAAGACCUAGCACUAAUAUUUCUCCACGAUUUUCACCUGGAGAAACAACACCCAAAUUACCUCCGAAGCCAAAGCAAACUAACCUGUCAUCACAACCAGAUCGAACAAUGUUUCCCUAUCCUAGCACCAACUGACCCAGCGGAAAUGGUUGCGGGCGGCAUUUCCUAAGGUAAACGUGAUCAACAGUAGCACCGGUCUGAUGAAACAGGAGACGCAGAUCAGUUUAAGUGAAGAGAAAUGUGCCGUAUCAUCCAGUGAUGUACAAACUUCUAUGGGGGUGCUGCGGACAUAAAAAGAUAAAUACCUACAUUGAUUGCCACAUGAAAACUAGGACAACUAAUCAGCCGCAUUCUGACUGUUUUGUUUUACUUAUUUCAUAUCAUUUUGAACCUUUGCACGAUAUUCCAUAUUCAAUGGUGGAAUAGAUUAAUUUGUGUACGAUAAUAGAGUUGCAAUUGUUGUUGGAUUUAUGUUUUAAAAAUGUAGUUACUGUCUUGAUAAACGAUUAUAAGUUUAUGAAACUUUUAAUGAAAGUAAAAUGUCUGUUUUACGUUGCAAAACAAAAUAUUAGUGUUGUGUAUGCAAAGCAAGCAAAACAUAAAUAAAGAAAAGUGCCAUAGCUAGAAAUUAAAGAACGAAAAAAAUGAUCUAUCUGGUCAAUCCGAGUAUUUCGCCGGGCGUUGUUGUGAGAUUCAAACCUGAAUUACAGUUUCUAGCACGCGUGCAAUCGGAGCCCAUCGCUCGUGACCAUUGUAACGAACAACAUCUACGAAUAACUAUGUCGUGUUCCUAUGUAUUUGCUUUACUAGAUACCUAUAUUAUAUUGCUUGUAAUCACCGGAGGAGUGAUGGCUGUGCAGCAAGAACUCUCUUAGGCAGACAGAGUGUACCUAUCAAAGGGUGUUUAUAGAUUCGUUUCAAGAAAGGAAAAAACACUGAUCGUCCGGGCAAUUACCGAGGAAACGCUGUGGGAAAAAAUACUGCAACCAUACAUCAUUGAAGAGAACACUAAAUUACUGAAAAGUAUGAAAUACAGGAAUACACAGAUAUUUGAACCUGUAUUUUGAUGACUAAGCCACAUAUGAAUAAUCACAAGCAUACACACAAUUUGUUGUAAGGUUCAACGGUAAGGGUAAACUAUGCGAGAGGAGUAUUUUCGUGGAAGUGUGAGGGGGGAUAGUUUGAAGAUUCGUGUGAUAAAUAUUUCCAAAAGAAAUGAGAAAACUGCUUUUUGUCGAUUAAUUACAAAUCCAAAAUCAACGCAAAGCUGUUCAAAUUUUGGUUUACACCUAGUGCGUUGAUAGAAGACCGGUGUCAUAAAACAAAGUAUAAACAAUAAAUGUUACUAUAAGCAUAUAUCGCACACCGAGGAGAUUAUUAGAAGCAGUAAGGAAAGAUGCGCAUUGGAGAAGAACAAUUUGAAGACAAAACUGAUAUGUGAUCGAUUAAAAUCAGAGAGCAAAAGAAUUUAAUAAACAGUAUAGUAGGAAAGAAAAACAUGGCCACGGUUAGAAACGUUCGGAGGAAAUUAUAUAUUAUUACUGGCUAAACUAUAACCACAGAAAAACAUUAAAACACAAAAAACCGUGCGUGUAAAAGCUGUACAUAACUAAUCCAAAACGAACGAAAAGAAACAAAGUAAAAAAAAAAGUUGUUAGCAAAGGGCGUGGAGUACUGCGUUGUUCUCGGGAUGAAUAAACCUACUUGGUUUAGAAUCCCUGAGAAAAAAGGAAAAGUACUGCGUUGUUAUGGCAAAAUUGUUUGACACAGAGUAAAAAAAACGAGCGAUAGGCAAAAUUUAAGGAAAAAUGAACUACAAAAGCUGUGAGGAUAUUAAAGAAACAAAAGAAAUAUGUUGUUAAACCAGAUAAUAUACAAACAGAAAAUAACGAAAGAAAUAUCUUAUCAUCGUUGUAUGAUGCAUAUAUGGAUUUAUGUACGAUUGCGAAAUAAGCUAAUAAAUAAAA